GUCGUUGGUUCCACGUGCAUUUGUGUUCCUUGGAGUGACUUCCUGUUCUGCUGUGUGCAGACUGGAAAGAAAAUAUUAACCACGAGGAAUGGGCCCUAAAAGAGAUAAUGGUCGCCACUGGAAUAGAAGAUAUCGACAAAGACAGUUUAAUGAAAGGUUCCAUUACAGAGAGCACCUACACACUUCAUCUGCUGCAAGAAACGGUGAAGAGAUUUCCUCAUCUAGCAAUUCUUCUCAAAGUUCCUCAGUACCAGAAUUGCCAGGGUUUUACUAUGAUCCAGAAAAAAAUCGCUACUUUCGCCUGCUUCCUGGACACAACAACUGCAACCCUCUAACUAAGGAGAUCAUACAACAAAGGAAGAUGGAGAGUGAGAGGCAGAAGCUCAUCGAAGAGGAGAAACAUGGGAGAAAAUCCACCAGAAAAGGAUUGAGCACCUCUUCACUUCUAUUGAAAAGACAGCUUGGAUUGGUGCCUUUUACAACAUACUGCCGGCGUAUCCACGAGAUAAAAGCUUGUAAUAUGCAAAGAAGAAACGUUGUUACUGAGUUUCAAGAUGAAGUUUCAACUGAAACGCACAGGUUUGAAUUAAUUCUGGCUGAUUCAACUUGCAAGAGGUUGUUUGCUGUGAAUAACAUGGAUAAUGGUUACUACAAAAAUGGAAUUCUUAAUCUUAAUGGUUUGUGGAAGAGCAGGCCUACAGUAGAAAGAUAUGACAUUCCAUAUUUCACAAACCAGAAGGUGAAUGCUGCAUGCUGGGCUUCACUGACUGCACCUGAUUCCCACCUUCUUGUUUGCCACAUGAGGAAGACAGAACCUCAAAGCUCUAUCAGUCUUAUACCAGCUUGCCUUUUCAGAAACGAGGCUAACGACGAUGAGCGUCCUGAAAUGCUGUACACCUUUAGAAUUUCCAAUGCCUGGUCCUGUGCGUGGUGCUCAAACCCUCAACUGGAUAAAACUUAUUCAGCAGGUUUAAGACAGCAAAUCCUUGUUAUGAAUGCAAUUACAGAUGUUCGGAGAACUUUCAAAACAGACAGUGACAUUCUGGCUCAGAGGUUCGGCACUCAGUCCUUGUUGCUGUAUAGUGGUUCUCGUGCUGGUGAGGUUUUUGCCAUAGACCUUCGCGUGCCUGCCGGAAGUUCUUGCAACUGGAAAAAAGCUGUUGGCUUUCAUCAUAACUCUGCAAUCACGUCCAUGCAUCUUCUUCAGGAUGAAAAUUACUUAAUGGUGACAGAUAUGUCUGGCGAGAUCAAGCUAUGGGACCUGAGAGUAGUGAAAUGUGUCAAGCGAUACCUGGGGAAUAUCAACCAAUAUGCCAUAUUACCACUACACAUAAAUGAAGAGGAAGGGCUGCUUCUUACAGUUGGACAAGAUUGCCACACACGAAUAUGGGACCUCCAAAACACAAAGCUUCUGAGGACCAUCCCUUCUCCACAUCCAGCGUCAAAGGAUGCCAUACCUAGUAUAGUUUUCUCCUCCCAUCUUGGUGGAAAGGGACAUAAUGUACCUGGGCUACUUAUGGCUGUGAAGAAAGAUUUGUAUCAUUUUACUUAUUAAUCUGUUGUUUGUAUUUAGAGUUUGAUACAAUACAGCCUUUUUUAUUCUGAUAAAACCUACAACACUGUGCAAGAAAAUCUGAAGCAAGAACAUAAUUUAUUCAUAAUCAUCAUUACCCUCCUUUUUAAAAAAUUGGUUAACUCCUGCUCACAUGAGAGUUGGUGGAAAAAUAAUCGAGUCAAGAAUGUUCCUUAAUUAUUAGCAUACUAAGCCCACUUAUUGCAGGGUUAAAGGGACAGAAAUGUCAAAAUUGAAAUGUACAUGAGUGCAUUUCAAUGUUAAAUAGAAGCAUUUUUACAGUAUACUUCCAUUAGCAAAAAUGCUUCAAGUAAAAGUUAUAACUGUUGUGUAUUCUGUGAGGGCCCAGUGCACCUCGCCUUCUCAGAGAGUCAGCAGUAGAUAACAUUUCACAAGUUAAGUGUUCAUUGGCACAAUACACACCACGCCCAGCUCUCCGAGUCUGAAUGCUGGUGCACAGUCCCUCACAGGAUAUGUGCAUAUGCCACUGAAAACCAGUAAUAACUUUUACUAGAAGCAUUUUUGCUAAUGGAAGUAUACUGCAAAAAUGCUUCUAUUUAAAACUGAAAUGCACCCAUGCACAUUUCAAUUUUGACCUUCCUAUCCCUUUAAGGGAACCCAGAACAUUUCAUGCCCAAUACAUUGCAUUUUGUAUUGUGAAAUCUCACUCAUAGCCUGGUUGUAAAGUUUAGGAAUAAUGUUUUAGCUUGCAAAUAUGAAAGACAAGGAACUUUUGACCCACACAACCUAUCACUACUUAAAGGGACACUGAACCCAAAUGUUUUCUUUCAUGAUUUUAAGCAACUUUCUAAUUUACUCCUGUUAUCACAUUUUCUUCAUUCUCUUGGUAUCUUUAUUUGAAAUGCAAGAAUGUAAGUUAAGAUGCCGGCCCAUUUUUGGUGAACAACCUGGGUUGUUCUUGCUAAUUGGUGGAGAAAUUCAUCCAACAAUAAAAAAGUGCUGUCCAGAGUACUGAAACAAAAAAAAGCUUAGAUGCAUUCUUUCUUUUUAAUUAAAGAUAGCAAGAGAACAAAGAACAAUUGAUAAUAGGAGUAAAUUACAAAGUUGCUUAAUAUUGCAUGCUCUAUCUGAAUCACAAAAGAAAAAAAUUGGGUUCAGUGUCCCUUAAAUGUUUACAUGACUACUGGAGUAGGUAGAAAAUACUGCCCAAUGUCUGAGGGUGUGGGUGCCCUUUUUAUACACACCCAUUCCCUUCCUGUUUGUUUACUUUCUACCCAUUUGGAGUAAGGUAGGCUGAACUGGAGCUCUGUUGCAACUGGUCUUGUGGGUUUGCAUAUAUUAGAAAAAACCUAUGACCUGCAUGUGCAGGUGUCUUCUCACCCCUGAAUAUGGCUUGAUGCCAAAAAAGUAUUAUCCCUUGGGUUUCCCUUGUGGAUUUGUGGACUAAGACUGACUCUCAGAGGGUACACUUUACAUUUUUCUGGUUGCCCUAACUCGAACAAAAUGAUCCUCCUGCAGACACAGGCAGUGUAGUUUCAAGGAUCUUCAGCUUUCUGUGGUUACCUCUGUCCCAUGCUUUUUUAUCUAUGGUGCAUUUUUCUUAUUCAAAUGUGGUUCAGUCUUGUUCUAAAAUUCACCUUGGUAAUCAGGUUGUGUGUCAAUGUGUAUUUAUGGUAUAUUUUGUACAUAAGGGCUCUCAAUAUAUGCCUUAAUUUUACAUAUUGAACUUCUACCUAUAGCCAGUUACUUCCAUUAAUUGAAGGGAUAGUAAAGUCCAAAUUAAAUUUACUUUAAUCAUCAAAUUUGCUUUUUUUCUCUUGGUAUUCUUAGUGGAAAGCUAAACCUAGUUAGGCUCAUAUGCUACUUUCUAAGCCCUUGAAGGUCGCCUCUCAUUUGAAUGCCUUUGACAGUUUUUCACAGCUAGAGGGCAUACGUUCAUGUGUUUCAUAUAGAUUACACUGUGCUCAGGCACAUGAAGUUAUGUAAGAGUCAGCACUAAAUGCCUGAAAUGCAAGUCUGUCAAAAGAUCUGAGAUAAGGAGGCAGUCAGCAGAAGCUUUGAUACAAGGUAAUUACAGAGGUAAAAACUAUAUUUCUAUAACAGUGCAAAACUGGAGAAUCGUAAAUAAAGGGAUUAUCUUUCUUUUUAAACAAUAACAUUUUUGGUGUUUACUAUCCCUUUAAGUAUGCAGUUUUUUAUUCCGGUUUAACUGUACUUUUUCUCUAGUGGUUUUAUUUUGUGUUACAAUUCAUCAGUUUUAAGUUAUAUUGCUUCUAUGAUCUUCUAGGAUGAGGAUGUUGUGGGUGAAUUUCCACCUAGCAAUGGCCUUGUGGUCCGACUGACUUGUUAAUGUCAUUUAUGUACCUUUUUGUUGGUUUUCGACAUUUUGUUCUUUCAUAUUAGUCACAGCAGUGUGAUUUCCCAGUUGCUCCUUUCUAACCUUGUCAUCUGUAGUCAUUUCUAAGUUUAUUUAUGAGUGAGAAGAGGUAUUGUAUCUCUAGAGGCAGUGGGUCCUUGUGUGCCUGCUAUCCAUGUUUAAGGUGUUAUGGUUAAGUAAUAUUCUACUAGGGUGAGAUGUUGUGUAAUCUUUAAAACUUAAUUUGCUAUAAAAGAUUAAGAUUUGUGAUUUUUUUAAAUUUACAAAAUGUAUUCACUUUCUAAGACAGUUCUUCGGGUGUUGCUUCAAAGCAAUUACAGAAAUGUUAAAAUAUAUGCUUGUGUUUACUGAU